AUGUCUUCAUUCGUUCCGCGCGCCGCAAAGCGGUUACGGCUUUCCACUCGUGCUGUUACGCCUGUGCCCGUCCGCGCCUUUUCGUCUUCGCCGUAUCUUGCCGAGCAGAAGCCUAGUCGCAAUGAUGAGAAGACGACGCAUUUCGGUUUCGAGAGCAUUGCCGAGUCAUUGAAGGAGUCCAAGGUCGGCGCCGUCUUCAGUUCCGUUGCCUCCUCAUACGACACAAUGAACGACCUCAUGUCCCUGGGUAUCCACCGCCUCUGGAAAGACCACUUCGUCCGCAGCUUGAACCCCGGCAGCCAUACCCCCGGCGCACCCCAAAAGGGCUGGAAGAUCCUAGAUAUCGCAGGCGGCACCGGCGACAUCGCCUUCCGUAUGCUCGACCACGCGACAAACAUAAACCACGACCCAAACACACACGUUACAAUCUCAGACAUCAACCCGGACAUGCUUGCCGAAGGUCGCAAGCGCGCUGCCGCCUCCCACUACAAUGGUACUGGAAGACUGGACUUCGUAGAGGCCAAUGCUGAAAACUUGCACAUGAUUCCCGACAACAGUAUGGAUCUGUACACCGUCUCAUUCGGUAUUAGAAACUUUACACACAAGGAUGUUGCGCUGAAGGAGGCAUUCCGUGUUUUGAAGCCUGGUGGUGUCUUUGCCUGCCUCGAAUUCAGCAAGGUCAACAACCCUGUUUUUGAUUUCGUCUACAAGCGAUGGAGUUUUGGCGCCAUCCCUUUGAUCGGUCAAGUCGUUGCUGGAGACAGAGACAGCUACCAAUAUCUUGUUGAGAGUAUCGAGAGAUUCCCCAGUCAGACUGAGUGGAGGGAUAUGAUUAAGGAGGCUGGUUUCGUUGUUCCUGGCGGUGAGAACGGUCAAGGCUGGGAGGAUCUGACCAAUGGUAUUGCUGCCAUCCACAAGGGUAUCAAGCCUCUGAACUAG